AUGAACCUUUUCCAAGCGACAUUGCCCCAUCAGAUUCGAGGACUCACGAAUUUUGAUUCCUUAAGAAUAUGCUCACAAUCCCAUUCCCUGAUGAAAGACCAUAUCGACCAUUUUUUUCGCUUUUGCCCUUCUACAAGGUCAUUUCUAUGUGCUAAAUUGCUCCCAGAGGAUACUAAGACGUUGGACGAAUCGGGGAGGAGUUCAUCGGCGGCAGUUGUUAGGAGGAGGCGAGGUGGUGAAACGAACCCGUGCACGGCUGCUGCGAUCGUUCAACACUCGUUUAACGCGCCGUUGUUCUUCUCGAUUGUUCUUUAUUAA